AUGACCGAAUCAAAGAUGCAGCUAGAAGACUGGCUGGAUGAUUUAUGCGUCCGGUUCAUCAUUAACCUGCCACACGAAGAGCUUGAAUUAGUCGAACGAAUCUGUUUCCAAGUCGAAGAGGCACAAUGGUUCUACGAAGACUUUAUUCGACCCCUCGAUCCUGCGCUACCCUCACUUUCCCUCAAGGCGUUCAGCUUGCGCAUCUUCAAACACUGCCCGCUCAUGUCGCAAUGGUCCCACUAUCACCACAUGGCUGCUUUCUCCGAAUUCCUAGCUUACAAGACCAGAGUUCCAGUUCGCGGCGCAAUCUUGCUCAACGAAGAAAUGGACUCUGUUGUUUUGGUGAAAGGUUGGAAGAAAGGCGCGAACUGGAGUUUCCCCCGAGGCAAGAUCAACAAAGGCGAGCCUGAUUUGGACUGUGCCAUUCGUGAAGUCUACGAGGAGACUGGAUUCGAUGUCCGUGCAGCCAAUCUGAUCAAAGACGAAGACUCCGUGAAGUCUAUUGAGGUUACCAUGCGAGAGCAGCACAUGCGACUCUUUGUGUUCCCAAAUGUUCCCCUUGAUACGCAUUUCGAGCCCCGUACCCGCAAGGAAAUCAGCAAGAUUGAAUGGUACAAGUUGUCGGAGCUGCCGACUCUUAAGAAGAACAAGCAGCACGACGAAGGAAUGGCAGUGGCGAAUGCCAACAAGUUCUACAUGGUUGCACCAUUCUUGCACCCACUGAAGAAGUGGAUCGCUCAACAAAAGAGAUCGGCGGCCAAGGAUCAGACAGGCCUGAAGCCAUCUUUGCAAGCCGAAGGCUAUGUAUCUGUCGAUGAGAAUGGUCAUCGGGCUGAUAUCGCUUCUUACGGAGGCGGAGUUAGUGACCUCCCAGAGGUCGACACGGUGGUAUCUGUACCGGAUGUUUCCUCUCACAUCAAGCAGUUACUCAAGAUUGGAGGAGGCCCCCCAGAACCAGUUCAAGUGCCAGCCUCUCCCACUGCUCAAACACCUGCUGUGGACCAGAUGAAGUCGAACGCGCUUCUGGAACUUCUCAGGGCGGGCUCCCAAGUCUCUGCUUCCCAAGUACAGAAAGAAACCGUUGCUUCUCAACCAUCAAUUCCCUCCGGCGUACCUUCUACUACUCAGCCAUCACACCUAGCGCCCAACUUCUUCCCCGGAUUUCCUCGACAGCCGCAGAGCAUCGCUCCAUCCAAUUUCAUGCAACAAACCUCUGCACAACAUCUACCCGGGCAGCAGGUGGGAACUUCCCAGGCUCCUAUGCAAGCCUUCCAGCACCAGCAAGUCCCUAUCUCUGGACAGUCCGAGCUCUCGGGAACCCCUGCGAUGCCCCAGUUCCCACAGAUGCCACAGCAGAGCUAUCAAGAUCUCCACCCUCAAUCUCUGCCUUCCGAUAUUGCGCCUCCUAGGAACGUUGUGGCUCCGUUCCAACGGACUGGCGAUCCUCAAUUCUCCCAGCCGACUCAACCCUCUCAGGUUCCAGGUGCCAUUGUACCACCAGCUAGCAAGCUGCCUCCACCAAAGCUUACUAGCCACUCACUCGCGCUUCUGGGCUUCUUCAAGGAUGGAGGCAAGACCCCCAAGACCCCUCAUGCUGCCCCGGUGUCUGUCUCUUCGCCUAUCCCCGUGCCUGCACCCGCGCCGGUUCCUGGUCAGCAGCGCAAGACUUCUCUCCACCAGGACAGCCUCUUGAACUUGUUCAAAGGCCCAAAGGGUUCACCCGCGGCUCAGCCUGCAGAACUGUUGGGUCAGCCUGUUCGCGUGGCACCACCUGCAGAGAGGCAGAUCCUUCAACGACCACCCUCCCAGGUUGUACCUAACCAGCAACGCGGUGCUGCCGGAUCAAAACCCCACAUGAGUACGGCUCAUCCUACGGCCACCGUAUCUGGUCCCUUGAGCAUGCCCCAAUUCGAGCAAAGCCCAAAGUCGGCGGCUAGGCGGACGGCAAAUGGAGCGAACCGCAGAAGUAAUUCCCAUCGCCGGGACCAACCACAGGUCCAGCAACUUUCCUCGCCAAUUACGAUUCUGCCUCGACCCCAGAGCGCGAAGCGGGAUGCAUCCAGCUCUGGGCCCCAUGUUCCAAUGGUGCAGGCUCCAUCACAGCCUCAGAUUCCCCAACCAGUGGCCCCUGAACCAGUGAAGCCCUUCCAGCCGCAGAUUUUGCGCCGCUCUGGAAAGGCGGGCUUUGAGAACAUGUUUAUGGGUACUUCCAAGCCGGACAAUGCGGAUCGCAAGCCAAGUCUUCCGGGUUUACAGACCAACCCCGAGGAGCUGGCUCCACAAGCAAACUUUGAUCGCCGGCCUAGCCAAACGCAUGCGCAAAAGGAAGCGCUUCUCUCACUUUUUGGCAAACCCCAGGUGUCCCCUUCCUUGACCUCGGCUGUCCAGCUUGAUUCCCGAGCUGUCAACCAGCAGCCUCCCAAUGUCUCCGGUCUGGUCAGCCCACUUUCGUCGCUUCAGUUUGCUAGCAGCGGUGAAUCUGUUUCCCGCCAUGGGACACCGUCCGAUAGCGAACAUGUCCCAUCUUCCAUUAACCGGGUCUCCUCACCAAGCAACAAAGCCUUCUUGCUGAGUUACCUGCAGGGAGUCGCCAAGGGCGGCAACUGA